AUGGCGGCCGCGGCGACCGAGCCCGAAGCGGGCACGAAGAAGCUGUGGGGCGGCCGCUUCACCGGGAAGACCGACCCCCUCAUGGAGAAGUUCAACGAGUCGCUGCCCGUGGACAAGCGCAUGUGGGCCGAGGACAUCCAGGGCAGCCAGGCGUACGCCAAGGCGCUGGCGAAGGCGGGGAUCCUGACCCAGGAGGAGGCCAAAUCAAUCGUGGAGGGCCUGGACACGGUGGCCGCCGAGUGGCGCGCGGGCGAGUUUGUCAUCAAGGCGGGCGACGAGGACAUCCACACUGCGAAUGAGCGGCGGCUGACGGAGCUGAUCGGGGCAGCUGGCGGGAAGCUGCACACGGGGCGCAGCCGCAACGACCAGGUGGCGACGGACACGCGGCUGUGGCUGUACAACGAGCUGCAGGUCAUCCGCAAAGCCCUGCGCGAGCUGAUCCGCGUGGCCUGCGACAGGGCCGAGGCCGAGGCGGACGUGCUGAUGCCGGGCUUCACCCACCUGCAGAACGCGCAGCCCGUGCGCUGGGGCCACUGGCUGAUGGCGCACUGCGCGUCGUGGCAGCGCGACGACAUGCGGCUCGGGGAUCUGCUGCCGCGCGUGGCCACGCUGCCGCUGGGAUCCGGCGCCCUGGCCGGCAACCCCUUCCUGGUGGACCGCCAGUUCAUUGCUGAGGAGCUGGGCUUCAUCGGAGGCGUGUGCCCCAACAGCAUGGACGCAGUCAGCGACCGCGACUUUGUGGCGGAGACGGUCUUCUUCUGCGCGCUCCACCUAGUGCACCUCUCCCGCUGGGCCGAGGACCUGAUCAUCUACAGCAGCGGCGCGUUUGGCUUCGUGCAGUGCAGCGACGCCUACGCCACGGGGUCGUCCCUCAUGCCGCAGAAGAAGAACCCGGACGCCCUCGAGCUCAUCAGGGGCAAGGCUGGCAAGAUGCAGGGCAACCUGAUGGGCGUGAUGGCUGUGCUCAAGGGCACGCCCACCACAUACAACAAGGACUUCCAGGAGUGCUGGGACCUGAUGUUUGACGCGGUGGACUCGCUUCACGACAGCACACGCAUCGCCACGGGGGUGCUGAGCACCAUCAUCAUCAAGCCCGAGGCCAUGAUGAAGGGCCUGUCAUCUGAGAUGCUGGCCACUGACCUGGCAGAGUACCUCGUGCGCAAGAACGUGCCCUUCCGCGAGACGCACCACAUCAGCGGCGCCGCCGUGAAGAUGGCCGAGGACCGCGGCUGCGCCCUGUCCGACCUCACGCCCGCGGACCUGCGGACCAUCCACCCCCUCUUCGACGAUGAUGUGGCCGCGGUCUGGGACUUUGCUCGCAGCGCGGACGCGCGCGACACCGAAGGCGGCGCCAGCAAGCGGAGCCUCCUGGAGCAGGUGGCGAAGAUGCGCAAGUACCUGGAACUCAGCUGA